AUGCUUCACAACUAUUCUCCGGACGGGGCAGACCCGUCAAGCUCCGGUGACCACCGUGCCCAUAGCCUGGGGUACUGUCACCAUGGGAUUCACCGUCCCCUUCCGCCAAAGUCUCCAAGCCCUGUCCUGAAUGACCCUCCUGCAGGAGCCCAAACAUCCCGUCGAAGCCCACCAGUUGUGGAAUACCCCGAUUACGGGUAUCUCACCCGCGCUCGAGAACUGCGCCGACAGCAAGCCGAGGAGCAGCGCCGAGCGGCAAACCAGCAACAGUGGGCUCACUACUGGCAAACCCAGGAAGAAAGAGGGCUGGCCAAAGCCCUGGAGGAUUCCUUCAUCACUGGAACCGCCCACCGUCUCUUUCUCAAAAACAAGGAGCGCGAAAAAGACCGGGUCCGUAGGGCUCAGGAGGCGUUCCUAAGAGAGCAGCAACGCCGUGACGCCGACUGGGCCCGAGAGCAAUUAUACAUUGAUCAGUACCACCAGCACGAGAAAGAGAAGAUGGAGCGUCGAGAGAGAAGAAAGGAGAGAAAGGCGCAGCAGCAGCAGCAGCAGCGUGUUUCUUUUGUCACCCCAGUCUCGAGCCCCACUACUUCUGCUCCAGUUCCAGUGAUUACAUCGCCAACAUCGACACAUGCCAGCUUGACCUCGAGCGGGAACAGCACGGAGGAGAUCAGCAAUCCGGAGAAUAAACAGCUGCAACGACUCGAACGACGGUUUCAGUUGCGACGUCCAUCUCCUGAGAAUGACAACCCGAGCACGGGGAGGGAAUUGUACCAGAACCCGUUUAUGGAACCCGCUUUAUGGGGUUAUCACUCCUCGCCUCCACCCGCUUCUCCCACGGAAACGACAUCUCAUACGAUUUCGCUUUCUACCCUGCCGCCGAGAAGCCCGGUGUCAUCGACCUCGUCGUAUCUUCAGCAUCACUCUGACAAAGAGAAGGAGGUCAAAGAGCAACAAAAUGACAAGCAGCGUGCACAGGAGAGAGUUCACGACUGGUUCGGAGCUAGGGAGGGGGGCCGGUACAGAUCUAGGAGUCAUUUUAAGAAGGAGACAAGGCGUUCUCGAUCUCGUUCGCGGUCAGGUAAGCUAGGUGAUGGCUAUCGUGAGACGGUUUGGGAAAGGGAGGAGAGGGAGAUAAAUGUGGCGGCUGAGCGGUGGGGUUUUGAUGAUGGCGAUGGAGGCAAGACUGAGGGGUAG